AUGGAGAAGUCGCCCGGCACCGGGUCAGACAAGAUUCUUCAAGGAGGGCAAGAUGGGGAACCGUCCCAGGACUCGCAGAAUGCCCCUUUGGAAGAGUCCGGGGAGAUGUCACCGUCGUCGCCAAGCGCCCGAGCUCAGACCGCGCCAGGUCGUGUGAAGGGCGGCCCUGUUGGUCAGUCGGUGAUGCACCUGUCGACUCUUCGCCGUGCUCCGAAGUACUCCUUCCGCGGUGGCAGGGACAGGUUCAAGACGCGGACCCUCAGGGCAGCAGCACAAGUCCCUGGGCCUGGGCAGUAUGGACCGCCGGAGGCAUAUUCAUCUCGCCAUCGUCGAAGCCCUGGCUACGGCUUUGGCACUGGUGCCAGAGAGGUCAACACUCAGCUGGUUGUCCCAGGGCCGGGGGCGUAUCCUCGAGCCUCAAGUAGCUACAUGGGUUCUGGACGGGCAUAUUCCCUCACCCCACGACGGUGGCCCGGAUCGCCUGAUCUUGAGAGUGACCCCAGAAUGCCCGGCCCAGGUGCCCACGUCCAGGAGGCGAAGGCCGAGGGGCCGCAGUACAGCAUCCUGCCGCGAAGGGCUGCGAAGGCAGGAACUCUCCUCGCUCCUGGGCCCGCCCAGUACGGCACCAUGGAGGGGUCUUUGGACCGGACAAAGCCUCGACUGCCGAGCUGGGGCUUUGGCACCUCCAAGCGCCAAGGACCCAUGCAGAUAGAGGACCGGCCUGUCAAUGGCAUCAAAGGCAAGAGUACAGCGGCAGCCUGGAUGUCAAAGCUGCCUGGACCUGGUUCGUACAAUGCUCCCAGCUCCGUUGGUGAGGGGCCAAAGUUCUCAGUGGGAGCACGCAGAGCGGUGUCGCGACAAGCGACCUCACCGGGACCAGGUGACACGGGUGGCCCUUACACAACCUUUGCGUGA